AUGUUGGAGGCGUUUCGGAGCUCGGCGGCCUUCCUGUGGCUCCGCCCACUGAUGCCUUACAACCCCGACCCGCCGUUUUGUUUCCAUGAGUGGUGGAGCGCCGGUUCCCUCAGGCAGAGUCUGGUCAACUGUUCCGGCUGUGCAGAGAUCUCCUCGGUGCUGGAAGUUCCAGAGAGCCUCAGAGGAACCGUGACGCUGCGACGAGGUCCACAGCUGGUCCUGCUCAAGGGCGGUGAGUCCCUCAGCGUCCAGCGGCAGCAGCUGGAGGAGCUCUACUUGGCCCACUCGGGCUCCAUGUCCAUCCUGCUGGAGGAGGACGACGGCCUGCAGAACCACAACCUCGGCCUCCCGCAGGGACCCGCGAACUUCACCCUGCUCUGGAGGUUCAGCUCUGGCACCAGGGAGAAGGUGUUGCGGUGGCUCUUCCCGAAGGCGGAGCUUUGCCCGCUGCUGGACAGCGCCGGUACCAUCCUGCAGCGCUGCCUGGUCACCCACAGCACAAACUCCCAGAGCAAGGUGAGUCCAGCCGACAGGAACGAUGAGGGGAAACCUGCAAAAGGAAGAAUCCAGAUCAAGAUUUAA